AUGCCAAUUGAGCAAGAUAAGUGCAUAUAUUAUACAAAAGUGAAAGUGGGAUCACCACCCAGAGAAUAUAAUCUAUUGAUUGAUACUGGAAGUGAGAUCUCAUGGAUUGCAUGCAGUUCUUGUGACACUUGUCCUCAGACCAGUGGACUUGGGGUCAAGCUGAACUUUUAUGAUAGUGGCAACUCAACAACUGCCACUUCCAUUUCUUGUUCAACCCGUGGGUGCGAAUGUACUGGGACAAACCGAUGUGGUUUUACCCUGAGUUACAUGGACGGAAGUAGUACAACAGGCUAUCUUGUGUCCGAUGUUUGGCAUUUGGACACAUUUUUAAGCACUUCGUCAACCUCUAGCUCUUCAGUACCAAUCAUUUUUGGGUGCAGUACCACUCAACUUGGUAGUCUGGUCCUGUCAGACAACGCAAUUGAUGGAAUUCUUGGGUUUGAUCGACGUAGUCUUUCAAUAAUAUCUCAGCUUUCUUCGCAUGGAAUUUCUCGCAAAGUAUUCUCGCAUUGCUUGAAAGGAGAGAGCGACAAUGGAGGAGGUAUUUUAGUUCUCGGUGAAAUUCAGAAUCCGAGCAUGGUCUAUACUCCGCUAGUUCCAUCAACGGAGCAUUACAAUGUGGAUUUGCAGAGCAUAGCUGUGAAUGGAAAACUUUUGCAUAUUGAUCCAGCAAUAUUCGCAACCUCAGAAGAUCGAGGAACUAUUUUUGAUUCUGGAACCACUCAAAUUCAUCUUGUUGCAGAGGCGUACGACUCUGUUAUUAGUGCGAUAGCUGUUGCUAUUUCAUCUUCUGUCGAGUCAAUCAUGUCAGGAAUGACUCCAUGCUAUCUAAUUUCUUCCAGCUCCCCAAAUAAUGUAACAGAGAUCUUUCCUCGAGUUACACUAAAUUUUGCUGGUGGUGUAUCCAUGGAGUUAAGACCAGCAGAUUACCUCAGUUUUAUGAGCGCUUUUAAAAAUACUUCUACUUGGUGCGUUCUCCUGAUAAAAAAAGCUCCGAGCAUGACAAUUUUAGGAGAUAUUGCUCUUAGAGAUAAGAGCAUUGUAUAUGAUUUGGCUCACCAGAGAAUUGGUUGGGCAGAUCAAGAUUGUUCAUUACCAAUGAAUGUGUCCAUAUCCUCCGGCGUAGAUCAAGUCAUGAAUGUUAGAGCUAUUAAUGUUAGGGAUUGGGGAAUUGUUGCUGAUUCAUGUUUACAUCUGUAUUGUAUUUCACGAAAGGCUGAAGCGAGAGAUAUUUCUGUUUGUUGUUGCGACAAAGAUCCAAAUAUUUGUAGAUCUCUUUGUGGCUUUAUCGAUCUCUAUUACUGCGAUGGUUUUUACUGUGAAUGUGGGCAAAGAAAACCACCUCCAGGUCGGAUUGCACAAGCUAAUGAAACUAAAAAUUGA